CAGAAGCCAAAAUCGAACCGAUCGAAGCAGCAAACAAACGCAAGAGAAAAUGGCGGCCAUCUCCUCCACCUCCUACUUCUCCUCGCAGCCGCAGCUGCCGUCCUCCUCCUCCACCGCCAGCACCAGCAGAAGCAGCGGCCGGCAGCCCCGCAACCGGCGGACCGGUAGCUGCGUCAUGCUCGAGGGGGCGGCCUCUGUUGGCGGCGCGGUGGUGGGGAGGACCAGGAGCCUGACGGAGGAGGACCUGGAGGAGCUCAAGGGCUGCCUCGACCUCGGCUUCGGAUUCGCUUACCAUGAGAUCCCAGAGCUAUGCGGGACGCUGCCGGGGCUGGAGCUCUGCUACUCCAUGACGCGGAGGUUCCUCGACGAGCAGAGGGCGCCGGGGCACCUGGACCUGGAGCCCGCAGCGGCGGCGGCGCCCAUCCCGAACUGGAAGAUCUCCGGACCUGGUGAUGAUCCAGAGGAAGUGAAAGCUAGGCUCAAGUAUUGGGCUCAGACAGUGGCAUGCACAGUCAAACUAUGCAGCUGAUGGAGGUUGGUUGUGUGCCGGUUCUCUCUUAACAUGUAUGCUACAAGCUGUACUGAAGGUGGCUGAAGUUGAGGAAUCCGCUUAUAUGGUUUCCGAGAUUGACGAGCGACUACAGAGGAGGUGCUUCCUCUUCAUGCUGUCGAAGCAAUGUGGCAUUUUGGAUUGCUAGCAAAGGUUGCACAAUGCCGGCCUUUGCUCCACAUGUUCCAUGAUAGCUCUGACAUGACGAAUAAUCUCAUCUCCGACCAUUGGAAAGCAGUCGGAUGCUCAGAUCAACUCUUGCGCAUCCUGGUACGUGGAGUUGCUGUCAGGCCAAACAAUGCGGACUCGUUUACAUCAUACGAUUCAUACCCAUGAAGACUGUUUCUGUGACCUCUCAACGGAUAUGUAUCUACAUGAGUUAGUUUCAAAGAGAGAAGUAGAAACUUCUCAGCGAGAAACUGACCAAGAUUGUAAGACCAACAACAUCGAGCCUAAUAGAUGCAAUGGUGUGACCAUGUGCACUGAUUUGCUCACUCGGCAGUAUGUCAAUCUACUUUCUGACGAUAAGAAUUAAAAGCUCCAAACACGAAGAUGAGUGAAGGGCACAAAUCAAAUCAUAAGUAUUGGGAAGAAAAGUUUUCAUAUCCAUUUUAUAGAUCUUCCUGCCCCGUACUAUAAGAUUUUCUUUACACUCCUGCUACACUGUGAGAUUGAUCUUCUGUCGCAAUUGCAUAAUAGUACAUGCUUGAGGUGUCGAAGUCUGUACAAUAAUGGCAAGGUUGCUAUACCUGCUUUAUGAUCUGUAAUUGGACAUCUGUAUAACUAGCUUACCUUUGUUAAUACAAAUAAAAACCACACGUGUGCUUUUAAUU